GCGGCGCGGGAAGCGCCGUCCGGGCCGCAGCGGGUGCCGCGGCGGAGGAGGGCGGCCGUGCCUGCGCUGGGUGGGCGCCUGCUGGACCCGUCCCGCCCGCCCUCCUGCCUCUUGGCGCCGUCCGACCCCACGUCGUUCCUGGGGCCCGAGGUCCCGGCGGCAGUCCGCGAGGACGUGGUGUGGGGGCCGAGGGGAUGCCCUGCGCGCGUGUGGAGGCUCUGUUCACCGGGGCCGGGGGCGUGCUCGCACAACGCGCCGUUGGUUAUAGUUUCUGUUCUGAGUGGCCUUCGCCCCUAAGGGAGGUUUUCAGUAGGUGGUACCCUGAGCAGUGUGGGAAGUAUGUGUAGGAAUACUCGCCUCUGGCUCACAUUUGCAAGUCAGAAUUACAUUGGACAUUUUUAGGCCAUUUUGAUAACGUAAAACUAAAUCACAAGGGUCUCAUUAACUGACCGUAGAUCGGAUUCAGUGGGGUUGCCUCAAAAUAAGGAUUUUACUUACAUUCCUGUCUCAGGGAGUUCAAUGUCAGUCAUCUAUCAGCAGUUUUAGCACUAGCUGCUACUUUCUGAGUAGUAUGUGCUAGGUGCUUUUCAAGUAUUAUCUCUAAUUACUGCAACCAGAGAAGGUGAUAAUAUUUUGCACCGUUUUACAGUUCAAAGCCUCAGGUAUGUUAAGUAACGUUUUCAAGGCAAGAGCUAAAGAGUCUGAGGAAGGAUUCAAACUCAGAUCAUUCCAGCUCUCAAGCACAGGCCGUUUGCACUACCGCAUGCUGCUCUGGACAAGACACUGAAGUAUCAAAAAUGGCGUGGGAGGUGCACAUACAUGCACACAAACAUGCAGGGUUUCUGGCUUCUAGUGGGGGACAGGCAUGUUCUUGAGUGUAAUACACAGGAUGAUGUAUUUAUUGUCAUGAGUGACAGAGCAUUGCAGCAUCUAAUGUUUGUUGAUUUGAGGUUGGAUUUUAUUGCCUAACAGAGUAUGGGCUUAAAAGUUAACAUGGAAGCCACCUUGUAGAAUUGUAUGUGUGUUGGUAGGGAUAGAAUAUAGCCAUUCCUCAAAUCUGAAGGUCUUGGAGACUUGGAGGGGUGUAUUGCAGCUCAGGGUAGGAGGAGCCAAUCAUUCAUGUAACUCUUAUUUUUCAUUUAUUGUGUGCCAGGGUCUAUGCUGUAUCCUGGGGAUACAAUGUUGUAUAAGACGUGGUCUCUGUGCUCUAAGAUCUUACUGUUUGGUUGAGUCUGAGGGACAACUGUGUUGAUCCAGUGUCUACAACCAAAAGAGCCCCUUUUUACAACUUCAGGUGCCAAAUCCAGGGCCCACUUUGCUAGUGGAGUAGAUGGGCUUUUGUGCAGAAAUAUCAUUUCUGCCUGACAUCUGUCACUCCAGAACUACAGCUCAUUCCUUUAGAGUUCGAAUCCUUUUUAAAAAUGCAAGGAGUCCCUUUUGAUGCGAAUGUGACCUUUUAGAGUUAUAUUUCUGUGUUAGUCCAGAGACAAACCACACUAGUUUUUGCACUAAGAUAAUUUGAUAUAAAGAGUUAACUAGGUAAAAAUUGUUAACUCGUUAUCUGAAAGGAUAAAAAGAGAUCUCUGCAAGUAGUAUUGUGGACACGGCAGCUGCGGGAAGCAGUCACUCCCCCUAGGACUGAGGGAGCUAAGGGAAGUGGUCGGAAUUUUAAAGCUUAGAAACUUAGAGGAGGGCCCCUGCAUGGCUGAAACUCAGGGGUCUAAGGAGGAAACUGAGCUGCCCAGCUACGUGUAAGGGCCUGGCAAGUCUGGGAAGCAGAGUUCUGAAGGGAAGGCACUGAUGCAUGGUGUUGUGUCUGUGGUGGGCGUUUGGUGGUAAAGCUGGGCCUACAGGUGUCGGGAAGACUGCAGACUGAGUUCAGCUGCCGCUGCAGGGCAGUGCUCAAAGGAAUAGGAAGCGCACAGGAAGCCCCAGGCUGCAGGCGGCGGGAGCAAGUCCCCUCUCCCCCCGCCGUCCCGCAGUGCUGCUAGGGUGUGCACCGACUGGCUGAGCAGGUGUCCCAGAGGACCACUGAAUGUUCCACACGAGUCUCUCGGGCAGCACCUCACCUGCUAGGGCCUGAAAGGAUUGCUUGACAGCCAGGCCUGAGAGGGGGAAGUGAAGCCUCUGGGGACAGGAUGACAGGGUGACGCUGACCAGGAUGGAGGAACCGAGGCUGGCUGGCUUCCAGAUCAGGGAGCCGCCAGCACGUACUGAUGUUAGAACACAGAGACCCCUGAACUUGAUACAUCACAGAAAGACCCCAGAUAUUAAUAGAGGAUCCUAUUACCACAUGUCUUUCUCCUUCAGUGUAUGAUAUGAUUUGUAAACUCGGGUUUGAAGCCAGAGAAAAUUGCGAUAUCAGUAGUAUUGUAACUCAAAAUGGUGAAGUAUGCUGGACAACAAUUACAGACUGUAUGGUUUAUACAGAAUCAGGCAUUUGCAUCACACGAUGUGGAGCUGUGGUACUAACUUGCUUUCUUAUCCUUGAAGCCCAGGGUCUGGAUUACGGGGGAAGCGUGAGGCUGCUGGGCCCUGUGUGCCAGGCUGUCCACUUACAUUUGUCGUCUCUGACCAAGGGGCAGUUUGAAACGCGAUAUUCACCGGGGCUCCAGUGGACAGGUGUUCCAGAGUUAUUUCCUGAAAUGUUUGAUGCCUUGGGAAGUCUUCAAUCUCUUGCUAUUUCUCUUAGCUUAAUGAAGCUGACAUCAUGUCUGGAGCGAGCCCUGGCUGACGUGUAUUUACUGAUUGGGAAGGAAUGCCCCUUUCUUUUAAGAGAUCUGAUUGCGUCUGAGGAGCUCGCUCAAGUCUUUGGGCAGUCUGUGAUGGACGUGCUCAAGGUCUUUGUGGGCUCUCCGUGCGGACUCAACCUUCGCAACGUCCUGUGGCACGGCUUCGCGGCACCUCAGGAGAUUCCUCCAAAAUACUGUUCAAUGAUGAUAUUGUUGACAGCAGGAUUGGGUCAACUACUAAAGGGUUACCUUCAACAAACUAAGUUCACAUUGGCACAUCGACCUUUCAUAACUCUUACAAGCUUAGAGGAUUUGAUCGUUUUCCCUGAUGUUACUUAUGAGGUGCUUUCAGUAUUAGAAGAAGUGAUGAAGAAAUCCACUUUUAUACUAAAAAUCAUGUUGCCAUAUUGGGAAGUUGCAUUAAUCAACUUCAAGUCAAACAGGUUUGCUGACUGUGCCAUCUUGUUAUUGGUGCAACUAGAGACUGGACUUAGGAAAGUUUUUGCCACAGUUAACAAAUGUCCAAAGAGACUUCUGACUGCUGAGUCAACAGCUCUUUAUACUACCUUUGAUGAGAUAUUGGCAAAACACUUGAAUGAUGGUAAAAUCAAUCAACUUCCUCUUUUCCUUGGAGAGCCUGCAAUGGAAUUUCUCUGGGAUUUCCUGAACCAUCAGGAAGGUCCCCGUCUAAGAGAUCGUUUAAGCCAUGGGGAAAUCAGUUUACCUGAAUUUCCGAAAGAAGCAGCCAAUCAGUUGCUUGCAUUUUCCUUUGUACUUUUACUCAGAUUUAUUGAUGAAGAUCUAUUAUCAAUGUUUAAGCAGGAAAAAGCAGCAGUGAGAGCAUUGGUGAGUGUUGCAGAAGCCUACGGCGCUCGCUGCCAUCCAGUUUCUCAGCUUAAAAAGCAGGUGCUGAGCUGUGAGAGGAGCAUCGGAGUUUGGCCUCUGCUGCCUUUGCCUGAAGGAUCCGAAAGGGAGGCUCAGCGAUCAGAAGGUAAUUCUGAAAUAAAUGCCUGCUGCUCUUUAAUCACAGAAAUCGUGGCUGAGCUGUGUCACCAUGUGCCCGAGACCCACCGCGUUCCUCACGACUCGGAGCACCUUCCUCCUGAGAAGUGGCCCCAGCUGCUCCGUGAGCUCUGCAGCAUCCCUGUCCGGACCCUCUUCUGCCCCAGAGCCGUCCUGGAGGUGCUGGCCGUGCUCCGGAAGGUCGGCGCCCACUGCCGCCGCGUGUGUGGCCAGGUGGCCGCCUGCGCGGAGCUGAGGCGCCGGCAGUGGGAGGACAGGAGCCUGCGCUCCCGGCAGCGGCGGAACUACCUGCGCCUGGUUCACAGUAUUAAGCUUCUGUCUCCUAUGCUUUACCUGAUUUUAUUGCUGAUUGCACUGGAAUCGGUCAACAUUCAUGUGGUUCUUGGGAAAAAUACUUCAGAAUAUCAGCAGUAUCUAAGGUUCUUAAAGUCCGUCUUGCAGUACACAGAGAACCUGGCGGCUUACACCAGCCAAGACAAGAACAAGUGGGAUGAAGCUGUCAAUCUCACACAGGCGGCCUUGUUGAAAAUUUGGACUUUUAGUGAGAAGAAACAAAUGUUAAUACAUUUAGCCAAGAAAUCCACGAGUAAAGUAGUCUAAUAAGUCAGGAUGCUUUGGGAUCUAUCAGAAAACCCGACCUGGGUAGACUUCACAGCAUGUGAGUUGAAAAUCCAAAGGCAGGGUGGAUUCCAGGUACUGCUUGAUCAGGGCACAAGGUCCGUUGCUCUGCAGUUUCCUGAUUUGCUUUUCGCAAGUUGUUGGUGUGAACCUCAGGCUGAAUCCUUGGGAACCAAAUGGCCGUAGCAGUUUUGGACCUCAUCUCCCAAUGCAUACUGUCCAGAGGAGAGAUUUUUCUCACCCAGGUGUCACCCAGGAAUGGGCAGCUUCAUCUUACUGGCCACAGGACUAAUCUUGAAACGAUGGCUGUGGCCAAGACCCUGCCCUGCACUCACCGGUCAGGCUGGGUGGACGUCUACUCCUGGACCGGCCACUGGGGCGUAGAGGGAGGGCUUGAGCUGGUCACCCUUGUCCCUGGAGCUGAGAGUAAGGUUGAUAUGAUUCAGAUCUCGAGGGAGAGGGUUGGGGAGGAACAGCUCCUGGAAGGCGCUGGGCAGCAAGCCUAACGGUCAGCACGUCCCGGGGUUUCCAGGUUUGGUGGGUUUAGUGCAGGAACCAGGAAGGCAGAGGAGUGAGGGCCAGGGCUGCAGCCGGAAGAGCCAGGUCAGCCCUCGCAGGAGGCCCUGGGUGGCCACUGCAGGAAGCUCCUCGUCCGCUUAGGUGGCAGCAGCAAGGCUGUGGUUCUCCAGGAACCCCUGCAGGGCUGCCCCCAACCCCAGUCUGUGUGUGCUCGGCUGCACCCACCUGCCGUGAUGCACGGCCUCCUCCAGCCUUGCUGGCAGGUCUGGCCUCCCAGGAAGGACUUCCCGCAGCCUGUUCUGGCUUCUCAGCUGUCAGAGAUGAGCGUGGAGGCCGCCGUGGGGGAGGUGGGGCCGUGUGACAACAGCCAUCCGUGUUCCAUCUGUCGCUUCACCAGCCCAGUACCUGCAACCCCCUAGUAAAGUGAGCUUGUGGGUAAAGACAGUGAA